AUGCCCCGAGGCCGCCGGGCACUGGCCUGGGACGCGCCGCAGGGGCUGGAGCAGCGCUGGGGAGCGGGGCAGAGGGGCUGCCGCGUCGGGGACUUUCGUCCGCCCCCGAGCCUGGGCUCGCCGGAGAUGUUGGGCGUGAUGGAUUUCUCCUGCCAGGACCCGCUCUACUGCAAGUACCAGGAGAGCUGCGAGCUGAAAGCCGGAGAGCAGCCGGGCUCGGGCCCGCAGGAGCAGCAACUUCUGGCGGGGCAGCAGCCAGAGGCGGCGGCCGAUUUCCCCGGAGGUGACUUCAUGGGGUCCACAAUAAACGGUGAGGCUGCAGAUUACUUCUUCCUCGGCGGCCAGCCAGUCCCCUCGCUCGGCUACACGGGCAGCUUUUUCAUCAAGGCCAUGCCGGAGCAGCCCCACGACCAGGAAUCCCUCUUCAACUUGAUGUCGGGCAUCCUGGGCCUUUCUCCUUUCCCUGGCUCCGAAGGCCACCAAAGACAACUGGACUCUCUUUACUCGGUCCCAGAAGCCAUUCAGAACCACUUGGACCUUUACUCCAGCUGCCAGCCGGAACUGAAUAUCUCUGUCCAGCCCCCCUUCGCUGAGCAGGGCUACCCCGGCUUCCCCACCCUGGAGAAUGCGCCCCAAGUCCAAACCUCCCCGAGUUUAGGAAGCUCCUCGCAGUGUCUCUUUGAGGCAAAACUGUUGGAAAACAAGCAGGACAUUAAGAUUCUCCCCAUGGCUCCAUCUCUGGACAAGUUUAAGGUUUCCUGCUCCCCAUGGGAGCCACUCGCUCAACCUCAGAACUACUUGCCAGAUGGCUACCCGUCCUCUGAGUCCUUCCAGCCCCCGGAAAGUAGCCAGGCCAUGUUCCACCCCCUCGGCUCCAAAAUCGAAAACGCCUUGUCCGUCAGCUGCCGGGCAGAGCUCAACAGCCUGUCUGAAGCCCCCUUCAGCAACAACUUAGGUUCCGGUUGCGAGCCCGAAAGUUUCCAGAAUCUCGGCAGCCAGGGGCAAAUCCCCGGCGACUUCGGGGAGGCAAAGAUCCACAACCUCCCACCGCAGUUAAUGCACGAGUUCGAAUCCUCCUUGGCUCAACCUGAGGCCGUUCCAAGCUUAAUGAAUCCAACCGAGCUCCUCCACCCCCACCAUGCCCCGUCAGUCCCCACCGCAGACUUCCUGGCCCAUCCUUCCACCUCCUCAGCCAACGCUUUAAUCUCCACCAACCCCAACAUCCUACCCGAGCCAAAGAAGAGAACCCGCAAGAACAAAUGCUCCUCCAAAUGCUUCUGCCCUAAGCCCCACGAGAAAUCCUUCGCCUGCCCCGUGGAGACCUGCAUCAGGAGCUUCGCCAGGUCGGACGAGCUCAACCGGCACCUCCGGAUCCACACCGGCCACAAGCCUUUCCAGUGCCGCAUCUGCCUGCGGAACUUCAGCCGCAGCGACCACCUCACCACCCACAUCCGGACGCACACCGGGGAGAAGCCCUUCUCCUGUGACAUCUGUGGCCGCCGGUUUGCCAGGAGCGACGAGAAGAAGAGACACAGCAAGGUCCACCUGAAGCAGAAAGCAAGGACCGAGGAGAAGCUCAAAGGCCUCGGCUUCUAUGCGGUGGGGCUGUCAUUCGGGACACUCUAAAGCCCAACGGGGAGCCCUGGUUGAUGUCGUUUUCUGGGGUGAGCCCGGCCGCCCCUGGCUGAAGGGAUCGGGCUGGAGAGUCCACCUCCACAUGGCUCCCGGGAGCCAGUGGCAAAGAUCGUGACAAUUGGUGGUGGGCAGGGAUCGCUUCCUCUGGCGAGUCCUUCUGGCCGGGAGAGAAGGCGCUUUGGAUGUACAUAAGUGAAAGGCACCACCCCUGUCACGAUGGGCCCCAGGGGCCAUGCACAAUCCUAUGUAAACAGUCCCUGCCGGAGCAAGCCGAGGGGUCUCGGGGGUGAAGGAGGAAUAAUCCGCGCUACCGGCAGACGCGCUGUUUCAGCACCACGCGGCGCGGACAGCUCCAGCUAGCUGGGGAGCGGCGCGGGGCCAAGGGACGCUUGCAAACUGCGGCUUCGACUUCGGUUUCAAAGAGAGAGAGAAACGUGCAUCAAGAAAUCCCGCCCACGCUUGAGGCGAAGAACAAGCUGCAUUUGUCAGGGCUGCCUUUUUAAUAAACUGAAUCCGAUUUAGCUUGCCAAGCACUUUAAACGAACUCCCCUGAACAAGCCAUCGUAAGACAGGGUCUAAUGUCGAAACUGCACCAGGAAUGACUGUUGGAAAAAACCAAAAUGGAUGCGAUCAACAUGACCGACUGACGCGUGAAUAACUGAAGACAGGUGUUAUUAUUUGACCAACUCUGGUUUAUAAUAUUUUGUACAUAACUAUGGCUUUGGGGGGGGGGGGUCGUCACUCCCCCCCAUGUAAAUAUUUUCCUCUUUGUAAAACAAACUGAACCUAUCAGGAAUAUUACAAAGCUGUGUUUAUUUUUGCAAUUAAAGUUUGUUCUUCUCUAGAAA